CUCGCGCAGGCUAGGAAUACGACGCAGCGAUGCGGCAACGGUAGCAGCGAUGCGGCAAGGUCUCGUCCUGUGCAGCAUGGCUGCGCUCGCGGCAGCCCAACGCCAAUGCGGCCCGCCACCCGACGGUAAAGGCACCGACGGAGAGGACCGGUGCGCCAACGCCGGCGCGGCGGCGGCGACGCAGCGCUUCAAGAUUGAUAUAAACGUGGACGGCGAGCCGCGGCCGCUGGGUUUUUUGAGAGGCGACGAUGUCAAUGAAGUCGCGCGGCGCUGGGUCGCGGCGCAUUCCAUCGUCGGAGAGGACGCCGUACGGACGUUGGUGAAGCGGAUGCGUACAAAAGUGGAGGAGGCGCCCGCUUUAGAUGGAGAGGCGCUGGGCUGCCCGGCGCUCGCGUAUGAGCACGAAAUGGACACGCCAGCGUCGCUCGCCGCCUUCACGCGACGCGCUUCGAGCAUAGCGGGCCCCGGCGGGCGCAUCGUCCUCACAAUGGCGACGGGCGGCUACGCGGCCUUCGCGCGGUCCUGGGCGCGCGGCCUCGACGCCGUCAACGCGUCCCACUAUUUGAUCGCCGCGCUCGACGAUGUUGCAUUAACUGAACUGAAGCCGCUCGGCGGUCAUGUAGUGCCGGUCUACGACGAGGCCAUGGCUGACGACGCCCCGGGCCGCGACCGACCGGCGGCCUACGGCUCGGGCGCGUUCCGAGCGCUGACCCAGAUAAAACCGGCGCUCGUGCUCGCUUUGCUGGAGGCGGAGCUCGCGGUGCUCUACGCGGACGCCGACGUCGCGUUUUUACAAGAUCCCUGGCCCCACCUCACAUCUUAUGAGAACUGUGCCGUGGCGCUGCAGCCGAACCGUCACGACGAAGAGGACGUGCUGGGGGCUAUUGUAGAGCUCGACCGUCGGCCGGGCAACCCUAGGCCACGUCAGAGGUACUACGGCGACGUGGGCUGCUCCGGCCUGGCGUACUUCCCCUCUGGUCGGGCCGCGCGGCGCCUCGCCGCGUUCUGGGCGGCGGCCGCUUCAGAUGAUUCGUGCGGCGGCGACCAGGCCGCGCUCGAAGCCGCCCUCGCUUUCCUAGCGUACGCGGCCGAGCACGUCGACGUCCGCGCGCUGCCGCUGGCGCUUUGGCCGAACGGCAUGGCGCUGCGGACUUUGUAUGAUGCGCCGGCGCCGGAGGCCCUGAUUUCAUUCGAGGUCCCGCCGGGCGUCGUCGCCUUCCACGCGAAUUAUGUCGUCGGCGCUUCACAAAAACGCGCGUGGCUGGAGUCGCUGGGGCUGUGGUUUGACUAAGUGUGUGUUCGGAUACGA